AUGGCAAUCAAAUCCGCAAAGACCGACACCCACGCGUCGGCGCACCCGUUGGAAAGCCACGAAUAUGAGUUUGCAGGCCCAUUGGGUGCCGCUGGCAUAGUCUUUGGUCUACCGCUGCUCGUCUACUCUAGCAUCUUCCUAUGUAACGAUGUUUCUGGAUGUCCUGCUCCCGCGCUUUUGAGUCCGAAGACUUUGACGCUGGAAAAGCUGAAGCAGCAAACACUCUGGCCGGAGAAUGGACUAACAGGCUUAUUUGACUUCAAGGUGACGGCUUGGGUGCUUGGGUACUACGCGCUGUUGGUCGCGUUGCAGCUAUUGUUACCAGGCGAAGAGGUGGAUGGCAUCACACUCGGGACAGGAGGGAGGCAUCACUACAAGUUCAAUGCAUUCAACUCUGCCCUUCUGAUCCUCACUGGUCUGGCCGUCGGUACCGCCGUCCAGGGCGUCGACUUCGUUGUGUGGGACUUUCUUUGGGAUAAAUUGCCCCAGGUGGUGACGGCCAACCUGAUUGUGGCGACAGCACAAGCAAUCUACGUCUAUCUGGCCUCUUUCAGCGUGCCCCAUCCUGGCCAACCGAACCCACAGAACCGAGAGUUGGCCAAAGGAGGUCACACAGGGAACAUAUUGUACGACUUUUUCAUCGGUCGCGAGCUGAACCCUCGCAUCACACUUCCUCAAUGGAUACCGAUUGCAGGGGGCCAGGAGAUCGACAUCAAAGUCUUCAACGAGAUGAGACCAGGAUUGACGGGCUGGGUCAUCCUCAACCUCAGCUUCGUCGUCCAUCAAUACAAAGUGCACGGCUUUGUGAGCGAUUCGAUCAUUCUCAUCACGCUUUUCCAGUCCCUUUACGCCCUCGAUGCUCUCUACAUGGAACCCGCCAUUCUGACCACAAUUGACGUGAUCAACGAUGGCUUCGGCUUUAUGCUGUCCUUUGGCGAUCUCGUAUGGGUUCCGUUCAUUUACAGCACCCAAGCUCGCUAUCUCGCGGUCUACCCUCUGUCACUGGGCCUUCCCGGCGUGGCAGGAGUCCUGGCUGUUCAAGGACUCGGCUACUAUAUCUUCCGAUCCGCAAACAACCAGAAGAACCGCUUCCGAACCAAUCCCAAAGAUCCUCGCGUGGCACAUCUCGAAACCUUGACGACGGAGUCCGGUUCCAAACUUCUUGUUUCUGGCUGGUGGGGCCGUGCGCGCCACAUCAACUAUUUGGGCGAUUGGAUCAUGUCGUUUAGCUAUUGCAUGCCGACCGGGGUGGCGGGAUACGUGGUCAACAAAUACCAGAAUCCCGUCACCGGGGCUGUGACCAGAGAGGUUGUGCAAGGGGAUGCGCGAGGCUGGGGAAUGAUCUUUACCUACUUUUACAUUGUGUAUUUUGGCGUCUUGCUCAUUCAUCGAGAGAUGCGGGACGAGGAAAAAUGCCGCAAGAAAUAUGGCAAGGACUGGGAACGAUACUGCCGGCGAGUCAAGUGGAGGAUCCUCCCGGGCAUCUAUUAA